AUUGACUGGGUCGGGUUAGCCUGGUUAGGUGGAUGCGGAUUAAAAUAUGAAUGGCAUAGCUGAACCAUAGCUAAAAAUACUGAACUUUUUGAUCACUUUUUCAGAAUGUGGACUUCAGGCUGUGCAGUAUUAUUAGCGAUUGAUUCAGAUGCGUGGUUGUAUGGGUGUAACUAGUGAUAGGUUUGUUGAUAUUUGUCGACGUGUGAGGUGACCAUGUGGACCAGGCAUGGUGGCGGAGGCACGAUGCAGAGUGGGCGGGGCCAGUAUUUGUACGACGAUUCCGGUGCGCAGUACAUCGACUGCAUCAAUUCUACUGCUCAAGUUGGCCACUGCAACACCCGUGUGGUUGCCGCCAGCUGCCAGAGGUUGGAGGAUCUGCUGCCUGACUCCGGGCAUGCGGGUGCUAACUGCGACUUGGAGACGCUGCUGCGUCGCACCUUGCCACCACACCUCGACUCCUUCCUCUUCUGCGACUCAGGGACUGCAGCAGUUGAUCUCUCCAUUCGGCUGGCCAGGCUUUGGUGUGGCAGAAAUUCUUCAAAAUUAGGAUGUCCGUCUAAUUCAUUUAAAAAAUUAAAGAAAAGUCAUGCAGAAGUUUCAGAUGGCCUCCUAAAUGCAGGCCCAUCUAGCGCUACCGUUGAUGCCGAUAUCGGAAAAAAUGUUGAAGAGGAAACUGCCUUGAGCUCAUCCAAGCGUAGUGGUAAUUUGACUUCUAGAAUUUUUACUCAUUGUACAGAAUCAGAAGAAAGAAGUGCAUCAGGGUCAUCAAUUUCAAAAUCUUUGACAUCACACUUCACACCUUCCGCUAGUCUCAGUUUCUGCCCACUCACCACUGACUCAAAAGAACUCAGUUCCUGUAGUCACCAAAUUGCCACGUUAAAAGGGCGACGAUCGCACGAAGAUAAUCAUGCACAAAAGUUCACCUGUGACUUUCCUGAGAAACCAUCGGAGUUCUGUGCUGCGGUAGGUCAGAAUUACGACUUCGGUGCCGAUGAUCGGAGUCAUCGGACACCCAGUCAUGAACAGCUGCCAGACGUACGCGCGUCGACGGCUGCCAGACGUAGGAGAGCGAGAGGCGACGUGGUCGUGGUGGAAGGUUCCUUCCACGGCUGCACGGACUCCGUUGUCAGACUAUCUUCUCGAAUCAAGCCAACAAGGUCAUUUAGAAGAAGCUCGUACACGGUGCACGUGGUGCCUGUAGCAGACACGUACCGAGCAUCAGGCCUCGGCGAUGCGGCCGCGUCUUCCCGUCCUUCCGACGCCGUUGAGUCCAUCGUCCUCCGAUACCUGGCGGACAGCCGGCGCAUCUUGGAGCAGUCCCUCGGUGAUGGCGGCCAGGUUGCGUGCCUGCUGGUGGAGCCUCUCCUCACGAUACAAGGCGGCCUGCAUCCUCCAGCAUCGUGGCUGCAAGGCCUCUACAGUUUGGUCAGAGAGUUCGGAGGCUUGUGCAUAUCAGACGAGGUUCAGAGCGGCUUAGGGCGCCUAGGCGACGCCAUGUGGGGGUUUGAGUGCCAGGGAGUCUCCCCGGACAUCGUUGUUAUCGCCAAGGGCCUGGGCAACGGCUGGCCGAUGGCGGUAGCCGCUACGUCCUCGCAGAUCGCCGCCAUGCUCGGCCCUCUGCGCUCGGCUCACCAGUGCAGCGCCGUGCAGAACGCUGUGGGUGCUGCAGUGCUGCGUACGUUGGUCGACGAACGCCUCAUGCAGAACGCCGCCAGCACCGGCCGCUCCCUGCAGUUGCUGCUCAGGAAGCUGCAGGACAAACAUCCUUACGUUGGUGAUGUGCGUGGACAAGGUUUGCUGCAAGCUGUCGACGUUGUCUGGAACGCAGAGCAACGGGUUCCUUCCGCCCAAAUUGCUGAUUUUCUUGUACACAAAUUACGCCGCGUGGGGACGGUCAUCGCUCGUGAAGGCAUCCACAAGAACGUUCUGCUCAUCAUGCCGCCCAUGACAUUCGAUAUUUUAGACGCCGCUGCCCUCGUGACGAAACUUGACGAAGCUCUUGCUCUCGUCCCACAUACAUUUGGCAUCACGGGCCCUACCUUCCCUAAAACCCGGACAUUAUUGACAACACAGUCGCGUGAGUGCUUUCUCUCUGUCGGUGACUCGACAGAAAGUUUAAGUGGCGCCACUCUUGCUGACGUGAGAUUCGAGUCCCACUCAGCAACCAGCUCGCUAGGUUCGCGACUUCGUGACGUUCGAGGUCCUCAUCGGUUAGAAGAUGACCAUCGCCAGUCAGAUAUUCAUCCUCGUAAUUUGUUGCAUUUGCCGACCGAACCUUCAGCUCAGCAAGAUAUUUUGAGUGAAUCUCGUGACACGUUGUCAAACCCGGAGACUUCCUCAGUGGUUGACGUUCGUAGUUUUGAGGACCAGACUGCAUUAACUGUGAGCUCGAGACCAACAGUAAGGAAACGAUGGCGGGAAGCUACUUCCUUUCACCAGUCCAGGCAUCCGAGUUCAUGUGGUAUCCGCUGUCUUCCGCAACAUUCGUCUGAUGAUGCAGAUGACAUUGCUGAAACUUCACUCUCGGUUGAUCCAAGUCCUAGAGAUGCUGCACGACAACAACGUUCGCUUCCUUCCGUGCCUGGUCAAACUUCAUCCAACUCAUUAUCUGUUAGCUUUACCAGCCCCAUGACAAGGGUGAGGAGUGCUGAUGUAUUCUCCAACAUCAUCAUGGUGGAAAGAGAAGCCUCGCCUCAUAUUGCUGUGGAGACAGCCUCGCCAGCGAUGCUGGACGCCAGACUGGGAGUACUGGACACAAGACGGGCGUCGUCUGCCACAGCUCCUACUAGGCGAGGCAAAGGAGAAGAACUACACCCAAAUGAGCUCCCCAGGAACUGCGGGGUGUUGGGGAUUGGCUUGGGGUUGAGACAGCCUCUCCCGGCCCGCCCCUCAGCCCCCUCCUCCCCUCGCGUCCCUCAUGAGGACGUAGACUAACGCAUCAAUUGUUGCGUGUUGCGUACAAACGAGAGCGCUUGAGACUUGAGUAUCAUUUUGGUACUUGUAUUAUUUUGAUACUUGUAUCAUUUUAGAAAUUGUUAUCACACUAAUACUGGUAUCAUUUUAGUAUUUGAAUCUGGUAGUAUUUCAGUACUAGCUGAAUAUUACUGUUUGUAAUUAUUACUUGUAUCUUAUUGUUGAUAAGGCAUUUGUAAAACCAAGGCAAUAAUUGGAUAGUCAUUCCGCGGCCAGCCAAGACAUUGGCCAUGUUGAGCAGACUGUUGGACAGAUCAUGUUUGGACAUUAGCAGCGAUGCUGUUGAUGCACAGACUGUUGAACAGAGCAUGUUAGGGCAUUAGUAGUGAUGCUGUUGACGCACAGACUGUUGAACAGAUACUCGGUCAAGGUCCUAUUCUUGGAUACUAUCAAUGUACAGGUAAUUUCUAGUGUCAAUAAUUCCCCUUUCAGUGGGGACUUCUGACGCGUGUCUGCGCUCGUCAGAAGUUCUUUGGGAUUUCGCGAUCCUUGAAGGAUUGUUCCUGAGCGCGCCACCGCUGAGCUCGCGGUGUCUGACUGCAGGUC